GUCUAAUGACUUAGACACUCGCCAAUCACCAUACUAGGGGCGUGGUUAAAGGGAGGAGAUUGUUGGUGGAAGCCCGCGACCUAGACCCAGCGCCGGAAGCUACCUAUUUGGUGCGGAGCUCUACCGGCUUCUGAGGCCGCAAUGACUUCUGCACUGACCCAGGGCUUGGAGCGAAUCCCAGACCAGCUGGGCUACUUGGUGCUGAGUGAAGGUGCAGUGCUGGCGUCGUCUGGGGAUCUCGAGAAUGAUGAGCAGGCAGCCAGUGCCAUCUCUGAGCUGGUCAGCACGGCUUGUGGCUUCCGGCUGCACCACAGCACGAAUGUCCCCUUCAAGCGCCUGUCUGGUGUGUCUCCCCUCCAGUGGUCUUUGGAGAACACACGCUGCUGGUGACUGUGUCAGGACAGAGGGUGUUUGUGGUGAAGAGGCAGAACCGCGGCCGGGAACCUAUUGAGGUGUGAGCCUGCCAGAGGGCCAGAGUUGGAGAAGUGGCCUGGGUCCCUGGGUCUCUGUGAUGAGGGGGCACACACAUGCCUCCUCCCCACUUUGCUGCUGGAACCAGGGCCUUACAGUCGUCCACCUUUACCCGAAGAGUGGAGACUUGGGGAUUUUGUGCUAUGUUAAAGACAACUUGGGCAAGGGGACCCCCCUUUUCCUCCCCUCCUCCCCCCUAAUAAACAUCAAUCUGAUGUGA